AUGAACCGGCUUCCUGUCGAGUUACUCCUCCAGAUCGGAAAGCAUAUCGAGGCCGAUACUCGCCCGAAGAAGACUUUGUUCGCAUUGAUUCGCACCUGUCGUCGUUUUCAUGACCUCUUCUUCCCCAUCCUCUACCACACGAUUAUCUUGUUCCCAGUCAACCUGGCCCUUGUCCGAUUGAUUAUGCGCCUGUGGCAGCACCCAGAGCUUGCCCUCCUAGUUCGUCGAGUUCAAUUGGCCCGCGAUGAGCUGUCCGACACCGAGCCUCUCGAGAUCACCGAGAUCACCGAGCCUCAGAAUAUGACCGAGCCUCUGGAUAUUCCCAUGCCCACUGAUGUUGCGGCUUUCUUCCACGAGGCACUAGAUACCAUAAUGACACCCGAUGAAAAGCAAACCCCCAAUGGCCAGUGGCUUCGAGGUGUGACAGGUAUUUCUGCCGAAACAUGGACGUGGUUGCUCCUCAUCUGCGCCCACAAUAUCGAAACAGUCCAGCUUGAUUACAAAAUGGCUUGGGCGUUCUCAUGGAUCAUCGCCAGGGCCGUCUCAAACCUCGUCCCAAUCGAUCAACGUCCUGCUUUUCGGCGUUUGAAGAACAUUGAGCCGGUGUCUUCCUGGGAGUCCCCAUGGAUGAAGUCUGGUUUUCUUGAUUUCGUCUUCCACUUGCCAGCUGUGGAGACCAUCAUCGGCAAUGGCAUAUACGAGCAAUCAAUUCCCGACAACCUCCCGCUGCCGAACGUUCCAUCCAAUGUUCGAGUCAUUCAUAUUGGUCAUGUCGCCUGGUGUGGGGGUCUCCUUGAUUGGCUCGCCAAGUGCGACAAACUUGAACAUCUGUACCUGGGUUUUGACGUGGCCCCGAAUUCAAGAGGAUCCGGUUACGAAGUAUCUGCGUUUGAGGCGGCUUCGUUGCGCCACCACCUUCUUCCCUCGGCCGCAACCCUCAAAUCCAUCGGCGUGUUCUUUUCUGCGGCGUACCGAGAGUUCGUGCUCGAUGCUAAUCUCAUAGACGAUGAGAAUAGCGUGAUGAACCUCCCAUUCGGAUCCCUAAAGCAGUUCCCCGUCUUAGAAACGGUCACUAUGCGUCACUGCCAUUUGCUAGGCCGGAUGGAUCCUGUGUUUGGUUCGAAUCAGAAACGCUUUGCGGAGAUUCUCCCUGAAUCUCUCGAAGCGCUAUUCAUCACAGACCUAUGGAUUGGCUGUGAGAAUGGGCUGUUUCGCGCACUCCUUGUCUUUGUGCGCUCGGGGGUCUGCCCCAAUUUGAGAACGCUUAAGGUCGGCCUGGAUACCGAGCGAAAGGGAGGCACAGAGGCGGCCGUGGACAGCCUCGCCCUCAAGUGUCAAUCCCAGGGGAUCGAAUUUGAUGUUUGGGCUUGA